UAAAUCUCUAAUCUGAUGAUAUGACGAUUCGGAGAUUUGCUACCGAGAUCUGAUAACUGUUCUUCUUCACUGGAAACGAAUCGGAGCUAGUCUUGGUUCAUCUCUGUUCAACGACAAUCGGAAAUGGGCGACGAGAAUUCACUUGCUGGCUCUCUGGAAGAGAAAGCAGAUCAAGUUGCUGAAGCAACUCCAUUAGUUGGGGACGAUGCUUCUCUGGAAACUAUAGUCCGAAGAUUCCAGGACUCCAUGUCAGUGGAGAAAACGCACAAGUUCUGGGAGACUCAACCCGUUGGGCAGUUCAAAGACAUUGGGGACACGAGUCUACCUGAAGGUCCCAUCGAGGCUGCGACUCCCUUGUCUGAGGUCAAGCAGGAGCCUUACAACCUUCCCGCUGCUUAUGAAUGGACCACGUGUGAUAUGAAGUCUGAUUACGUUUGCUCUGAGGUUUACAACCUUUUGAAGAACAACUAUGUCGAGGAUGAUGAGAAUAUGUUCAGGUUCAAUUACUCUAAGGAGUUUCUGAGCUGGGCUCUGCGUCCGCCUGGGUACUAUCAGAGCUGGCAUAUUGGAGUUCGUGCCAAGGUAUCGAAGAAGCUUGUGGCUUUCAUCAGCGGCGUGCCAGCUAGGAUAAGGGCGCGUGACGAUGUUGUGAAAAUGGCGGAGAUUAACUUCUUGUGCGUUCACAAGAAGCUUAGGUCGAAGAGGCUUGCACCUGUCAUGAUUAAGGAGGUCACGAGGAGGGUUCAUUUGGAGAAUAUUUGGCAAGCAGCUUACACUGCUGGGGUGGUGCUUCCGACGCCGGUUGCGACUUGCCAGUAUUGGCACAGGACCUUGAACCCGAAGAAGCUUAUUGAUGUCGGAUUUUCAAGGCUUGGUGCAAGAAUGACUAUGAGCAGGACCAUUAAACUGUACAAGUUGCCAGAUGUACCAGCUACUCCUGGAUUUAGGAAAAUGGAGCCUUGUGAUGUCCCUGCUGUGACACGGUUGCUCAGGAAUUAUCUUAGUCAGUUUAUCGUUGCUACAGACUUUGAUGAGAAUGAUGUUGAGCACUGGCUUCUCCCAAGGGAGGAUGUUGUGGACAGUUACCUUGUAGAAAGCCCGGAGACCCAUGAUCUUACUGAUUUCUGUAGCUUCUACACCCUUCCUUCAACAAUUCUCGGGAACCCCAACUAUUCAACACUGAAAGCUGCUUAUUCAUACUACAAUGUGGCAACAAAGACGACUUUUCUUCAGCUGAUGAAUGAUGCUCUAAUAGUCGCCAAACAGAAGGGUUUUGAUGUAUUCAAUGCAUUGGAUGUUAUGCACAAUGAGAGUUUCCUCAAAGAGCUGAAGUUUGGGCCAGGGGAUGGGCAGCUUCACUAUUAUCUCUACAACUAUCGUCUAAGAAGCGCCUUAAAGCCAUCAGAACUUGGGCUGGUGCUCCUGUGAGCUGCUCACAUGUUAACUUCAUGUUCGACUGAACUCAGCUGGAGUUUUGGGUUUCUUUUUCCUUUCUUUUUUCUCUGAACUCCUUCCCUAUGGGAUAGUGAAUGCUUAUUUUUAAGUUGUUGGCAAUGCGAAUUUGAAACUUUUGCAAAGUUGAUCGAUAAAAUUCUCAGGUUUCUCGCCA